AUGUCGUUCCGCGUUGCUGCUCGCCGGGUGCCCACCCUCGCCCUUGCCCGACCCACGGUCGCCCCCCGUGCUGCCACCUCGGUUGCUGCCAUCCGACUGUACAGCGACAAGCCCUCGCCCGAGGCCCGUGCCAGCUCCAUCAUUGACUCUCUCCCCGGCAACUCGCUCGUCAGCAAGACCGGCUGGGUCACCCUCGGUACCGGUCUCACCGCCGUCGCCAUCAGCAAGGAGAUCUACGUCGCCAACGAGGAGACCGUUAUCCUCGUCGGUUCGCUCAUCUUUGCUGUCCUCGUCGGCCGCGCCAUCACCGGCCCCUACAAGGAGUGGGCCGACUCCCAGAUCGAGAAAAUCUCGAACAUCCUCAACGGCGCUCGUGCCAAGCACACCGAGGCCGUUCAGACGCGCAUUGACUCUGUGGAGCAGCAGAAGGACGUUGUUGGCCUGACGCAGGCGCUGUACUCUGUGGCCAAGGAGACGGCGCAGACAGAGAAGGAGGUUUUCGAGCUGCGACAGAAGACGGCGCUCGCGGCCGAGGUCAAGGCGGUGCUCGACUCGUGGGUGCGCUUCGAGGCGACCGAGCGUGAGCAGGAGCAGCGCGAGCUCGCAGCCAGCGUGAUCCAGAAGGUGCAGGACUCGCUCAAGGACGACAAGCUGCAGAAGCAGAUCCUCGACAACGCCGUUGCCGAGAUCGAGAGCCUCGUCAAGUCCAAGGCCAUCUAA